AUGCCCUCACCAACUCGCUCCUCGCACCGGGAGACAUCCCUCUCCGCACCGACUUCAAGUCACCGUCAUCACCGCGAACACCGCAGCCGCCACAGCCAUUCCCACCGCCACCGGCCGCGAGAGAGCUCGCGCUCGCGCUCUCCGCACCGAUCAGACAGACACAAAUCAGACCGACACCACAGACAUCGAGACAAGGAUCACGAUCGCCACGAGCGACGACACAGAGAUGUUCCAGUGGCACCAGCGAAACCAGUCGUACUCCCUUACCAAGCGCGCGAGCUAUCGGGGCGCGACUUGAAGGCUUAUGAGCCCAUGUUCGGCAUGUAUCUGGAUAUCCAGAAACAGAAAUACAUCGAAGAUAUGAGCGAAGAAGAAGUUAAAGGGCGGUGGAAGAGCUUUAUACAAAAAUGGAACCGUGGAGAGCUUGCGGAGGGAUGGUAUGAUCCCGCUACACUUAAUAAGGCACGCCAGAACGCACAAGAAGAGCCGUUAGUUGGCCCCGGUGGUGAUCGUGGAUCGCCUGAUUAUAGACGGGGAGAGCGAGAGACCAGGGAAGCAUCGCGGGAUCCGCCAUUAGGCGAGGACGACGAGGAUGAUGAUGAGUAUGGGCCGAGUCUUCCGCAAGGCUCAGCGAGAGGUGGUUCACACCUAGGACCUACGAUUCCGAAUAUGCAAGAUCUUGAGCUCAAAAGAGAAACCGCCAUUGAAGAUGCUAUAGCCGCUCGCGGUGCAUCGCGCGACCAGUACCGUGCCGAAAUCCGCACGCAUAAAUCCGCACUGCGCCAGCUCGAAGAUGAGGUUGCGCCGCGGGCCGAGGCGGGCACACGAGAGAGACAGCUCGAGAAGCGCCGAGAAGUCGCUGCGAGUAACCGUGCGUUUGCGGACUCUAUGCGUGGUGGCUCGCCUGAAGCAGCACCGGAGGAAGAUUUGAUGGGCGGGGACGAUUUCGCUGCUCUGAAACGAGAGAAGGAGAAGGAUCAGCGGAAGAAGAACGAUCGGGAAAUUCGGAGGGAGGAGAUUCUUCGCGCGCGUACGGCGGAGCGUGAAGAACGAGCUCAGGCAUAUCGUCAGAAGGAGCAGGAGACUAUGAGUUUCUUGCAGGCUUUAGCGAAGCAACGAUAUGGUUGA